AUGCAGCUCCCUGUCCUUUUGCUCAUCUCUGUCCUUGCAUGUGUUACAUGUGCAAAGUCUCACCAAGCAGAGGGUGAACCACCAGAAAACUACCAAGAGGUGCCUCCAGGUUACCUGGAUUCACAGGUAAGUUCAAGACAGGAAAAAUUAAGCCAGGGUGCAGGUUAUAAAAAAUAAAUAACUGAUUUAGUGGGGAUGGCAAGGGUUUUGUUUGGUGAAAUAUUAAAUCUAACAGAAAAAAAAUGUAUAUGUGUAUUUUUGUUUAAUUUUACUGUGCUUUGCCUCUUCUAUUGUGACAGCACAGAUGCACAAAUAAUGCAAAAUACAAAAUAUUAUUGACCUACGUAAGCACACCAAUUAUUCACUAAACACCAAAUUGUAGUGAAUUGAAAUACUACAAUAUUAAGGCUAAAAUAGCCAAGCCUUGACAAUAAAGAAAAAUAAUGUUUUUGUUUUUAAUUUUCAAAUCUAUUUUUUUUCCCUAUACUUUGCAAUUUGGCUUUCAGUUUACCACAAGUUUGGAUUUGUGUGGUUAUGUAGAUACAUUUCUGUGUGUAUUUGGAAAGCUUAGAAUUUGAGAAGCGUUUCAUUUGUUAUAACAAUACUAAAAAGUUCAUCAUUGAUAAAAUAAAAUUGUGUGAGACAUAUUCACAGUUUAUGUAAGAGUAUGUAAGAAUGUACCUAGGUGGGUCCUACCAACGUUAAGGUGUGUAAAAGUGAUCAGGUAUGACUUCAGAUUCUGGUGAGGUUUGUGAUUAGAAGUGUGCGUUUUCAGCCAAGGACCACUGAUUAUCUCUGAUGAAAAGUAUAUACUAAAGCCAUUAAGAGGGCACGAUUCACAAAACUGCGAUUUGCUAAAUUUUGCACAGUGGUUGACGCCUCAAAGUAAGCUACUGUUUAGUAGAUAGACACAGUAUAUAGAUAACAAGACAACAUUCACUUGGACAGGAUUCUACAAUUAUAGUUACACAACAGAUAUAAAUCACACCUACAUCGAUUACAAUUCAACUUCCUGAACAUGUAUCAGAGAGAGAAUCCAAUGAGGCCAUGUGGGGCAGCUGAGCCUAUCUACAUAGAGAUCCAUAGAAAGCAUACCUUCUACAUAACUAAGGCUUUUGAUGAAGUCUUGCAGUAUAUAAAACAUUUUCUCUGAGCUUACCUUGGGGGAAAAAGGAGAGAAAUGGCUGCGUUAGUCAGUCUCUCUUUGUUAUAAACAGUGCUGGAUUAAUUAUUGUCAAGUUCCCUUAUCCUCUGUUGUGCACCUUCCAAAUCAUGGAGCAAGCAACAGAGUAAUAAUGUACAUCCCUCACUUAAAUAAUACAGUUAUGCUCUAGGAAAAUAAAAAAAUGAUAUCCACCAAUUCUAAAAAAAAAAAUUAAACUCUGUGCAUUGGUAGUCAAGCCGGAGGCAACUAGUAUAUAGUUGCCCAUUUAAUCUAUUUGGCAAAUCCAGUUCUUGUUCUAGAGUUUCUCAUCAAUGCAAACAAAAAAAACAAAAAAGUACUUUAGGAAGUUUAUAAAUAAAGUUACACGAAACAGUAUACAAUAAGAAUAUGUGUAUAUUUUCUUACUGGCAAGAUCUCAGAAUAAGAAACCCUAGAUUUAUAAAUACAGCAAAACAUGGUGAACAAGCCACAAGCGAAAUCUAGGUAAUAACAGUCAAACGGAAAUACAGACUCUGCAUAUUUGGCAUACAUUUUAAAAAAUGGUAGUUCAAUAUUUAACAAGUCCAUUACAGAUUCGAACACAAAAUAUAAAACCUAGUUGCAGAAAAUUGUCAUUUUACAAAUUCUAAAAAUGUUUUAUAAAUGUGUACUCCAUCCAGUGGUUCCCACCCCAGCAUGUAAGGGCCAGAUGUCAGUAUACCUGCAGGAACAGAGCUAGAAAAUGCCUAAAAUCGGCACUGUUGGUUUGCCUUCAGGACUUGGCUGAUGACCUCUGAUCUAUGCUGCACAUACAGCAAGUGACCCUUCAAUUCCAUAACUAAACAGAUAGUAUCAUGGCAGAAGUAUAUAGAAUACAUAAUACAAUGGGUACAUUGGACUCGAGUGAUAGGGAUGCCAAGUAUAGUAAGUGAAGGUACACAUGUUGGGAGGUUACCUAGAAUGAUUACCUGGAUUACAGUAAACCAGUGAACCAAGCUGCCUUGACUUGAUCCUGGGUUAGUUUUCUGCUUAGUAUCUUGUUACAAUAUUGAGGCAUGACUGGGGAAACAGUUUGGGGAAAGCUCUGUGGUCUGAAAAGGGUGGGUAUCACGAAAAGCAAACAGGAUUGAGAUCUUGACUCCCCUCAAAUGUAGUUGAGGCCUAGUCGGCCUAUAUGUAAUAAUACAGUGCAAAGCAAAAAUAAAUAAAAACAUAAAAUCUCUGCUCCAGCAUCGGUCCUCUCUGUACAGAGCAAGACCUCCAGCCAGUUGUCUACCUCAAACACUGUAAAUAUACAAUACAUUACCUCCUUCCUCCUACACUGUGUAUGAGCCUGCAAUGUGUGCGAGAGUCCUGGAGAAUAUAGACCUUAAAAGAGGUUUGUGAAUUUUUAUGCCUUUUAUACCCAAUUUACCAAACUUGUAAUAUUUUGCGUUGCAUUUUAUAUAUAUUUGUAUUGUGCAAAAGCCAGCACACUCCCUCACUGUUAACUAGCUUCAAUAUCCACAGAGUUAUUUAAAAAAAAUUCACCCUUAUAAUGUGCAUAUUUAGGCAAGUGCAGACCUUGUGCAAGAAUCUGUAUAUAGAUUUGCCAUAUUCACCUUGUUUUCUGGGACACACAUCAUUUCAUCAUGUUGAUUGGCAGCACGUGAAAAUACUGCAGGGUUCCGGAUUGAUUUAUCACCUGAUUUACUACCUGCAACAUGUGACUUCUACACUUCUACAUACCUUCUGUAUGUUGCCUAUCAAUUUAUAUAAGUGAUGUGUAUCCCAGAAAAUAUGGUGUGUGUAUAUACAUAUACACACACACAUACGACUUCCUACCUGUUAGCUAUUGUAUGUGGGUACAGCUCGUCAGCUCCCUUUUUGACUUUUUCCUAGCAUUCAGUGUUCGAUAACACAGCAUACAUUGGGAAAAUCUAUGGGAGAUGAAGCUAAAAUCUUUCAUAACUACAUAGAGAGAGAGAAAAAAAGAAACGAUAACUGAACUGCAAGUCACAGAAAACACUAUUCUAAGCAACCCUUUGGUGUGCAGUCAGCCCCUCCUGCACUGUUUGAAGAUUAACAGGCAGUAUGACAGUUUUAUGGCAGGUUAUAUCCUGUGUAUGCUAGUAACAGUCACAUAUUAAGUCUCUAUAUACAACAUUGAACAGCUAGUGUCUGUCUGAUCUACACUGUUACACUUACAGUACUGGGUAUCAGCUACAUGGACCAAAAUGAGAGGCUCCUUAUUUUUGGCCUAGCGUGCCCCUUUAACAUGCAUGUCCUGCUUCAUUUCAUAUGACUGUUACUGCUUGUGUCAAUUACACAUAUAAUGCAUACAGAAACUAUUCAGACCUCUUCAUUUUUUUUCCAAACUUUUUAUGCUGCCGUCUUAUGUUAUUGUUAAAAUAUAUAUAUAUCACAUCUUCACUCAAUACCACAUAAAGAGAUUUAAAAAACAGAUUAAAAAAAAAGGUUAAAAAAAACCAAACAAACAUGAAAACAAAAUAAAUGGACAAAGGAAGCUUUCAUAUUAACCUAACAGGUUUUGGUUAGAUGGUGUAUCUUUGCUAAAAACAAUUGAAUUUUUUCAAUGAGAAGAGGCCAAGCUGUCGGCUAUAUUAAAGUAUAGAGUCAUCUUGGACAGUGGUAAUAGUUUAGUGGUAAUAGUUUAAAAAGGUUGGUAACCGCUGUCAAUCUAUUGGAUUUAUUAAUUGGAGUGGCAGAGCAAUUUGAAAUGUGUUGGAGAUAAUUUAGUAAUCAUAACGCUAAUUAUAUACACAGAGAAUGCGGAAUUUGUUGGUGCUAUGUAAAUAACAUAAUAAUUAAACUGCUUGUACGCGAGCUGUAGUGGUUACGGUGCCUGGAGUGUUCCUUUAAGGAUGUGUAAGGCCUUGAAAGUCUAACAAAGUGUUUUAAAUCAUAAGUUGUAGAAAUAACGUUCUCUACAACCAAGGGUUUGGUAUACAUUUAAGAGACAUUACCAAUAAAAGAGCUGUUGCAUUUGAGAGCAGCCUAAAACCGUUUUCACUAAAAUAUUGUCAGGAAUUCAAGAUUUAAAAGGUCAAGAGAGUCAGAUUGGAAUUAUUUUUCAAGCACAGCAAUAGGUUAUGGGUAUGUAGGUUAGAGUUACAAGAACAAAACUUGGAGACGUGGUCAUGUAGCAUCCAAUGAAUAUCGUGAUCAUAUUAGUCACCUUGUAUGGUUUUAGAGGCCAAAUUAUCCAGGAGCAUAAAGAGAGAGGCACACAGUACAAUGGGGAUGUCAGAUCCUAACAACACAGCUGCUAUUGGACUACAUUUCCCAUUAUGUCCCUUAGCUAUUGUAUAGCAGAGAACGCAGUGUUUGGAAAAUAUUGAGAAUAAUUUAUGCAGUUAAUCUACACUACUGAAGCAAUAACCUGCUCCAAAGCAUUAGAGAGACUAUGUUAAUAAAUAUAGAUUUAGGUUUUCUUACCAUAAGCACAAUAUAUGUCUGUUUAUUUGCACAACAGGGUAUUUGAGAGAACUAGAGGCAGUGUCUGAAUUGAACAUAAAGAUAAAAAUGCAAAAAACAUUCAAAAGCAAAAGUGGACAAGCAGCAGUAUUGAAUAAUAGGGAACAUGUAGCAAAAAUUAAGAUUGCAGGCAUAGUCUGAGUGGUAAUUAUAGUUUUGUGAUAUGCAAGAUGCCAUUUCAGGAAUAGAAACAAAUGUGUAUGGAACUGUAAUUAAAACAUUGCAUGUAAAAAAUACUUUUAUAUCUUCUAUGUGAACACUAGAGAUAUCUGCACUGUUUAAUUUCCAAAGGUUUUAAUUAUAUAACAAAUAGUAAUGGAGACAGAUGGCACCCUUGCCAUGAUCCAUUCCUAAUUAAGAGUCUGAUAUAAACCCUGUAUUUAAAAUAUGGGCAGAGAGAUAACUAUAAACUCCUGACAUUUAUUAAUGUAAAAGGGAUCCCAAAGCGUGUGUAAUAUUGCAUACAAAUAAGUCCUAUUUACGUGUUCACAAUACAUUUUUGCAUUUCAGAUGGAUGAAAGUUUGUUUCCGCACCAAACGUUAGAUGAGAGAACUGCACUGAAUAUAUUGCUUAGGACAAUCUUACAUAACAGACCUGCCCGGAGUUCCUUCCAGUUCCAGCCCCAGAGGUAACCUUCAAGUUAAAACAUAGUUGAAUACUGAAUGAGGAAAUGCACAGAAUGUUCAAUCUUCAAAAACAUCAGAAACAAACCUAGUCACCUAACCCCCAAAUAUGUAAUGCAUCAGCCCAGUAAUCUGUAAUAAACGUUAUACAUUUUCUCCAUCUGUAGUUUCAAUGACUACAAACAUGUUCCUUUAUUUAGAGCCAAAAGCACUAAGCCAAGUUCUUCAGAUCUAUACACGAUAUUAUACACACACACACAUAUAUAUAUAUAUAUAUAUAUAUAUAUAUAUAUAUAUACACACAUAUAUAUACACACACACUCUUACUAUUCUAACAUAUACAAACACUAUUGUGAAUUCCAUAUAAAGAAUUUUAGAACAAUGGGAUGCUAUGCAGACCAUAAAACUCAUAUUUGCCUUUAAAGGUUUGGAAGGGACGAGCGCAGCGCAGUGGUGGGAGACAGCAGAAUACAUUCACGAGGAUGGGAUUCAAUGGCACCUCAGUUCUGGAGCAUGGCAGUACCUCAGCGUUUUGGAAGAAAGAAGUGAAGAAAAAAAAAAUUGAGGGAUUGGUUGACUCGUGUCUCAGAUGUACUGUUCGGAAAAGCUGCAAAGUACAACAAUCAAUACAAGAGAUCACACAAAGAACAUGGACUCUCACUCAUCUCCCCAAUACUAUAUAUUGAUAGUCAAACAUUUUGUAAAUAUCAGUGUGUGACUCAUCUAGCUCACAACCAUAUUUCAUCCAUAAGAAGCAGCCAUUUCCAACCCUGAAGAUCAUAAUUUGCCAUUUGUCAUACAUGUAUUGCUCCUUACCACACUGUAAAGAGCAGCCAUCUUUAAUGUUUAUAUGUCAGUUGAUUUUGCAAACUCAUCAAUAAAGCCUUUUGUUGUUUCAUCAGUCAUGUUUCAUGACCAUAGGGGGGGACGGUGAGGGAGGGAUGACUAGGGCAUUCAAAUACAGCCCAUUCAUCUAGAAAAUCAUGUGAAAUGUACAUGUUUAUUAUAGAUCACAUUAUGAUCAGUGGUGCUAUCCUUAAUUGCGUAAGAAAACAAAUCCAUCAGUUAUUAGUGUGAUGCUGCUGCAAGGGUAUUUGAGGAUGAACAAAAAGUUAUAAAGAC